AAAAAGAGUAAAUGUUGGAUAGAUUACCAACAGAUAUUUUACUGGUAGAUAUUCUUGGUUUAUUAGAUAGUCAAUCACUUGUUGAACUUGAGUCUGUAUCAAGUCAGUUUCGAUAUCUAGUAAAUGACGAGUCUCUAUGGAAACAGUUAUGCGUACAUGAAUUCAAUAUUUCACAAGAUCAUGCUUAUCGACAUAAAGGAUGGAAAAAGUUCUAUAUGGCCUUAAAAUAUCAUACAAAGCUAUAUACCUGGGGAGAGAAUUUUGAUGAUCGUUUAGGCCUUACUCAGCCUCAGUAUGACACACAACCAGGCUUAUUUCGCCCUGUGAUGAGAACUCAACAUUUAAGAAGACGACAUGCUAAUGAAGUAACUGAACCUCAACAAGUGACUAGUUUAGAUCAUGUCUGUUUGAUUGAUAUUAUUGCUGGUGGUUGGUCUUUUCAUGCACUUGACACGACAGGCACUGUAUGGAUGUGGGGCACAAUGCAACAAGAUGUUACUUAUCGUGCUUCCAUUGGUACAACACGCUUAAAGAGACCUACUGAAUUACAGUCGGAUAAUGAAACACAGGCCAAGAUCAAGUUUCGUAGUAUUUCCAGUGGUCGUGGUCAUGUGAUUGGAUUAGCAAGAGAUGGUACUGUCUGGCAUUGGUCUAAUCAUAUCAUGCUUCAGAAAGUCGCGUUGGACGCAGGUGCCCCUGUAGCUCAAGUAGUAGCCAAUUGGAACUAUUCGUCUGUCUUGACAGAAUCGGGUGCCUUGUAUAUUGUACCUAAGCCAGAUCCUAUCAUUCCUUCUCAGGUCCUUGUAGAACCUGCUCCUACACAAGUGAUGGCUGCCUGUGUCACACUACAACAGAUCUUGCCCACAGCAGAUCCAAAGGAUAAACUAGUUCAAUUGGCUGGUUUAGAGAAUCAUACACUGGUCUUGACACAACAUGGCCUUGUCUUGAAAUUAGCGACAGUGGAUCCAGAUGCCUUUAGUCUGUCACCACAACAUCAUGUGACUGAAUUAAAGCAGUUCAGUGGAAUAGGCGAACACAACAAUCGCCAUGGUAUCAUGAAACGAUUUAUUACAGGUGCUUUUCAUCAUUUUGCAGUCUAUACAAAGGAUAAAGUGAUGUUGGGUAAUAUUGAUACAACCGAGCCAGAGACAUUAGCUGAACUAGACCAUCAAGAUAUCUGUAAAGUGUCAUUUGGAGAUUAUCAUUAUGGUGCAUUGACCAACCAAGGUCAAUUAUUCACCUGGGGAAAUUAUAGUUCAGGUGCUUUAGGACAUGGCCAAGAUCAUUCAAAACAAAGACAAGAAAGACCCAAGCGAGUAGAAGCAUUGAAUAACCAGUUUGUGUUUGCUAUUGGCUUUGGUGGAUGGCAAAGUGCUGCUUUAGCCAUUGAUCAAUAAACAUAUUUACGCUUGCAA